GCAGGAGAAUCGCUUGAACCCAGGAGGCAGAGGUUUCAGUGAGCUGAGAUCUCACUACUGUGCACUCCAGCCUGGGCGACAGAGCGAGACUCCAUCUCAAAAAAAAACCCCAAAACCAAAAACAACAGGAACCUAGUGAUUUCAUAUCUUCAAAUCAAAUUUCAGAGGAGAAAUUACUGGGCAAGGAAGGCAGGGGGGGUUAGCUUGCUGACAGCCCCAACCUGCCUGUACGUUUCUGAUCAUCUGGCUACGUCUCGGAAACUCCCCAGUCACACACCUGGGCAGGAGGCUGCCCCUCCUCUCCGGUUUAAGGAAGCAGGAAAAAGCGGCCGGCCGUCUGCGGAGACAGGCAGCGCCCUGGCUAGGAUGGGCUCUCUCUGGGGUCUGGUUCUGCCCCUUUUCUUUUUCUGCUGGGAGGCUGGGGUCUCUGGGAGUGCUGCAGGCCCUGGCACCAGCAGCCCAGAAAAUGCGAUGACAGAAGCACCUGAGAUGACUGCAGGGGCCGGGCCCAGCUCAGAGGGAGCGCUCCAGACCCCUGGCCUCACUGAGACCUCAGCACCCAGCCACGCUGCUUCAGAAUCUCAAACGCGGAGCCCCCAGACCUCUUCAAGGACCUCAGACCCAGCCGGCCCCAUUCCGGUAGCAGAGACCAGGGGAAUCGAGACCAUUUCCCCUGCAACAGAGACCAGGAUCGUCACAAAAAUCGUACCUCCCGACUUCGUGGUGGUCAUCGCCACCUCCCUGGAGACGUCAGUCACCAGGGGCAGCCCCGAGGGAGCUGGAACGACCACCCUUGAGACCGUCACAGGCCGUGAUCCUGAGGACAUCGUCUUUGACACCCUGUGCACCGAUGACAGCUCUGAAGAGGCAAAGACACUCACUGUUGCCCUGUUGCCGCUGGCUCACGGCUCCGCAGAAGCGGAGGGCCUGUCCUCAGGGAGCAGCGCCUCUUCCCACGGCUCCCGGCCAGCCAUCACCACCUCAUGGACCCCCGCAUCUGACGUCACUGUCCUCACCGAAGCGCUGGUGGCCGUCACCCACAUGGAGGUUAUCAACUGCAGCAUCCCAGAAAUAGAAACAGCCACUUCCAUCAUCGCUGGGGCCCGAGACACAGACCACAUCUCCACAGCAGCAGUGAAGGACUCGCCCACCUUGCAUCCACCAGCUCUGCCCGACUCCACUGCCACAGAACCACACGUCACGGAGGCCACGGCCUCCGCUGAGACCCCGUCAACAGCCAGCGCCACAGAGUCAGCCACACCUGAUGCCACGGUUAAGACCCUACUCCCCACCAAGAGUGCCACAGAAAGAGAAGUGAUGGCACCCAGGGCCUUGACAACAGUCAGCGGGAAUCCUUUGGAUGAGCCCUCAGCCCUCUCUGCUGAGACACCUAGUUAUGUCAGAGUCUCCGGGGCAGCUUCAGUUUCCACAGAGGCCGGGUCAGCAGUGGACAAAACGACGUCCUCUGCUGGGGCCUCCGCAUCAGCCUACAGCCCCUCGGAGGCAGCCACCACCCAGAACUUCACCCCGUCAGAGACCACCAUGGACUUCACAGCCAAGGGGCCCUUCCCCACCAGCAGGGACCCUCUUCCUUCUAUCCAUCCGACUACAGCCAGCAGCAGCCCAGGAACCAGCAGCACCUCAGCCAAGACCCCGAUGGAGCCCCUGACAGCCAUGUCCCCCACUGCCCGGACGGGGCAGACCACAAACGUCAGCGCAGGUGAAAAUGUAGGUUUCCUCCUCCUGCGGCUGAGUGUGGCCUCCCUGGAAGACCUCACUAAUCCCAGAGUGGCAGAGAGGCUGAUGCAGCAGGUCCGCCGCGAACUCCACGCCCACGUGCCUCUCCUCCAAGUCUCCUUACUGCGCAUCAGGAGAGGCUAGCGGACAUCAGCUGCAACCAGGCAUGUUUCAUAUGCCAAAAGAGGGGGCUGCCCACGGCCUGGGCCCCUACCAGCAGACUGGAGCUGCAUUGCUGUGUGGAGAGGCACCCAGAAGUUUCUCAUGAAGGGCAGCCGGCCCAAGCCCCUCACCCCAGAUGUGGUAACAGGACCCUAGCUCCCGUAUAGUGGAGUAUAUGUGUGGGGAGGGGGGCUUCACCUGUUCCCAGAGGUGUCCUUGGACUCACCUUGGCACAUGUUCUGUGUUUCAGUAAAGAGAGACCUGAUCACCCAUCUGCGUGCUUCCUGCCUUAACCUUCACUCAGUAUGACCCA